AUGGCAGAUCCACAGCUCUUGAAGGAAAUCACCAUCAAAACAGGUGUAGUAAAAAGACUGCUCAAGGAAAUAUCCUAUUACAAGAAAGAAUCUGAAGGAGAAGCCGCAAAAUUGGAGAAAAUGAAAGCCGAUUCUAAUGCUGAUGAAUAUAUGGUGAAGAAACAAGCUGAGAUUGUUCAGUUGCUCGAUGCGAACUCAACAAGUCUGGAUGGUUCAAAAGAAUAUACGGCCGCUUGUGAACAAAUACAAGCCGUAUCUUCAGUGGACUGA